AUGGUGCCGAUCGCAGCGCGAAUCCACCGUCGACACCGGGGUCCCAGUUCGGCACCAAACGGAGUCAGCACCUGGGCUCGGAAACCGCCCGAAGUGGGAUAUAUUUCGACUAACGGUGCAAAUGAUCGGUGAGCACCGGUAGCAGCCAGGAGUCUACCGACACGCGUUUGAUAACAUAAUCUCCGUUGUCAGACUGAGGACAUCCCACGAUGCGACCUGGAGGUUGGUGCGCGAAAAGAUCGGGGAAUCGACCACGUGGAGAGGCGAACCCGAAGUUUCGAAAUUCUCGCCGGAUACGACCUCGGUCGGGUCGUACCCGCACUCGCCCGACCGCGAGAAUUUGCACGUGUCGCGAAUAAAUUCACAGCGGCACUACUGA